UCUGGGCGGAACACUAGUUCGUAGACCCUCUGGACCACUACUGCCUGUCCCACGAUGGUCUCCAACCUGAGGGAAAGAGAGACUGAGUGGUCCGGGAUGGCGAGGAGAGGUCAGACUCGGCGAAAGGCUGAGAGAAGCCAGUCCUGCUUACGUGAGAAGAAGGAGGGUUGCACUAAGGAUGUGGUGACAGACUUUGAUGAGAAACAUGAUGAGCAUUUAAUAUUGCUUCAGCAGAGGAACCGGAUAUUAAAGCAUUUGAAAGCCAAGGACCCAGUGCAGCUGAAACUGGAGCACCUGGAGCAGGGCUUCUCCGUCUAUGUCAGUGGGGCCAACUCGGAGCUGAAGACAUCACCUCGAAAAGCUGUGCAUGCUGACCUCUUCAGAAGCGCCUCACAGACUGACGGGAUGCGUGACUAUGAACGCAGAACCCUGCUGCGAGAAGCUAAAGAGGCCUUAAGAUGCAGCUCCCGGACAGCGCCCAGCAGAGUCCAGCGCCGAGGAUGGCACCAGAAAUCGGUGCAGAUCAGAACAGAAGCCGGCCGGAGACUGCGCAUUGAGCCUCCUCUGGACCAUUCAGAAGACUCAGAGACUUGCGUGGAGGGGCCCGUCAAGGCCCAGGACGCUUCUGGGGCUCCUUUGCAGGGGCUGAGACAAAGCCUGGAAGUCAGUGUGUAUCUACCAAGGAAACAAGAGGACUAUUCCAGUGACAACUCUGACUCUAUUGAGGAAGACAUCGUCUCUGAGCUCGAGCCUGAGGACCAGGAGCUGCUGGGCCGCCCCACAGGUGACCUCACUCUUUUCGGUGGGGCCUUGGGGCAGAAGAGCGGUGCUGAGGACCAGGAGCCAGAAGCACAGCCUCCCCCGGGCCCAGACGGCCUCCUGGUGCUGGAAUUUAACCAGGCCUCCAAAGGUCGCAGACGGGAGAGGAAUUUGCCUGCCAAACGGAAAGACAAUGCUGAGGUCUUCAAUCCCAGCAAAUCUGAGCCGAACCUGAAUGCCCAGCCGCGCGCCGUAUUCCCAGAGCAGGGGAGGGUGUGCUCCAGACCUUGGAACCACCGAGGAAGAUUCCUGUUGCCACCCCUCAAGCCCACACACACUGCUAAGGACCGAGAGGAAGUCGCUUUGGCGGUGCUCCAAGCCAUCCAGGUGGAGAACGCUGCCCCGCAGAAGGUGAUCUCCCAAGAGGCAGAGCUGCCUGCCAGGCCACUGCAGCUGCUUCCUGCUGCCACCACUGCAGCCACAGUGACCGCAAUGCCUGAGCCACCCCAGACAGCAGGUGGAGGCCGCGCCGUCCACCAAGCCCUCGACAGGAUUGGCCUCUGUGGAAGCAGACAGCAGCAGAAGCUUCCGGAAGUCCAGCAGGCCAAUGAAGGUGACCCUGCCCAUCCCAAAGAGGUCGCCACACCAAGCAAGGAACGAGCGCUGGACACAGAGGAUGAGUGGAGACCGAGAGCAGAAGAGAUCAAAGAUGCCGUGGACGUUUUCAUGGAAAUCACAUCCAACUGGGGCAACCCGUCCUGGGUGGGUCUCACGGAAGUGGAGUUCUUCGGUCUGCACAACACGAAGCUCUGCGUGUUGCCCCAGGACGUGUAUGUGCUGAACGGUGGAACACCCGGGCAGCCGGGCCGCCUGGUCAACAGGAACGCAGCUGGCAAGACGGAGCCCUCGGCGUGGACCUACCCCUUCCGCCCACCGAUCCAACUCAUCUUUGUCAUCCGCGACAUAGGCUGGCCGCACGACCUUGGUCUGACCACCAUCAGGGUCUGGAAUUUCUGGGCCCCAGAAAGGGAUCUUAACAUUGGUGCCAAGAAUGUGAAGCUUUAUGUCAACAAAACCCUCAUCUUUGAUGGUGCGUUAGACAGAGGAGGCGCAGAGGGCCCAGCGGUGCGCACCAUCCCCGUUGACCUACGGAAGGAGAGGACCGGGAGCCCCGAGGGUGGGCCGCACCCCCACGGGGGAGGAAGCACACAGGUCCCUGCCGGGGCUGGCACGGAUGGGGACACGGAGCGCAGUCUCUGCUGCUCACCGCCAGCUGAAGCUGCUGGGGACGUGACGGCUCCCUCACAAGGAGCCUCGCUUGGCAAGGUGACGGGUUCUACUGAUGGCCCGAGAGACAGACUGUCCAGGCUGGAGGAGGAUUUCAGAUUGCUGGCAGCCCCCGCCUCGGUGGGGGCCGGGGCCGGUGCCCUUCCCUCCUCCCCGCCGGAGCCUCGCCCUCUGGACACACAGCCCUCUGUGAUCCAGCAGCUGGACGACCUCAGGGGCAGGAAGACCUCCGAGCCACCCAGGAAAACCCCAUCCUGGUUGCAGCCCUGUCCCUCGGGUAAAGACAGGAAGCAGGGCGGGGAGAAGCCCGGGCCCAGUGCCCUUCCCUCCUCCCCGCCGGAGCCUCUCCCUGUGGACACACAGCCCUCUGUGAUCCGGCGGCUGGACGACCUCAGGGGCAGGAAGACCUCCGAGCCACCCAGGAAAACCCCAUCCUGGUUGCAGCCCUGUCCCUCGGGGAAAGACAGGAAGCAGGGCGGGGAGAAGCCCGGGCCCAGGGCCCUUCCCUGCUCCCCGCCGGAGCCUCUCCCUGUGGACACACAGCCCUCUGUGAUCCGGCGGCUGGACGACCUCAGGGGCAGGAAGACCUCCGAGCCACCCAGGAAAACCCCAUCCUGGUUGCAGCCCUGUCCCUCAGGGAAGGACAGGAAGCAGGGCGGGGAGAAGCCCAAGCCCCUGUGGCUCGGCCCUGAGGAGCCGCUGAACUGGAAAGGCAGGCUCACCCCAGAUGAGGCCCUCGGGGGUCCCACGGACAGAAGCCCCUGGCUGGGGCAAGGGCGGAGGGCCAGCUGGGUCGUCACUGGGGAGAGGCCCCAGACGGCGGUCCCCCAGGGCAGUGCUGAUGACUUGGACUACUUUACCCAGCCCCGUGGCAGAGAGCGCCCUGCCAGAGGACGGAGGGCCGCGAGGAAGGAGGCUCCGGGCGGUGCUGCUGGCAGAGAAGACACCCGGGGGCACAGCGAGCAGGAGCACACACUGCGCGAGUCCUGGGACUCCCUCAGUGCCUUCGACCGCUGUCACCGGGGCCGCAUCUCCCUUCUGGAGCCCCAGGGGGACAUUCUGGACGAGUUCCUGCAGCAGCAGAGGAGCAGCCGGCCCAGGGCCCAGCCAGCACCCCACAGGGAUUGGGAGCCAGAGCCGCCCAGGACACAGGGCGACUGCUCGGGGGAGAAGGACAGCAGCAGCGACUUCAGAAUCCCCGUCUUGCCUCAGGGACAGCACUUGGUCCUCCACAUUCAGUCCACGUGGGGCGACAGGCACUACGUGGGCCUCAACGGGAUAGAAAUCUUCAGCUCCACAGGCGAGCGGGUGCCGAUUUCAGCCAUCAUGGCAGAACCCCCCGACAUCAAUGUCCUGCCGGCAUACGGGAAAGACCCCCGGGUGGUCACCAACCUCAUCGACGGGGUGAACAGGACCCAGGACGACAUGCACGUCUGGCUGGCCCCCUUCACGCCAGGCCAGCCUCACUCCAUUUCUAUCGACUUCAUGCACCCCUGCCAGGUCGCCCUGAUCAGGGUUUGGAAUUACAACAAGUCCAGGAUCCACUCCUUCCGCGGCGUGAAGGACCUCACAAUGCUGUUGGAUGGGCAGUGCAUCUUUGAUGGAGAGAUUGCCAAGGCCUCUGGGACCCUGGCAGGAGCCCCGGAACACUUUGGAGACACCAUCCUGUUCACGACGGACGACGACAUCCUCGAGGCCGUUUUCUGCUCGGAUGAGAUCUUUGGCACCGACGCGGAGAGCCUGCACGAGCUGCAGCUGGAGGAGGCGCUGCGGAGGCCUGGCACGGCCGAUAGCGAGGCCCAGGAGCGGCCCUUCACCCAGGCCGGCUCGGGCAGGGACCAGACCCCAGGGCUAGAGCUGCCACCCAGCGCCCCUGACCCCGAAGCCACCACACCGGAGCCAGGCAUCUACCACGGGAUCUUCCUCCAGCUGAACUUCACAGCCUCCUGGGGGGACCUGCACUACCUGGGCCUCACUGGCCUGGAAGUGGUGGGCAAGGACGGCCAGGCCCUGCCCAUCCACCUGCAGCAGCUCUCCGCCUGCCCGCGAGACCUGAAUGACCUUCCCGAGUACACCACGGACUCCCGGACCCUGGACAAGCUGAUCGACGGAGUCAACAUCACCACGGAGGACGAGCACAUGUGGCUGAUCCCCUUCUGCCCAGGGAUGGACCAUGUGGUCACGAUCCGCUUCGACAGAACCGAAAGCCUGGCCGGCCUGCGCUUCUGGAACUACAAUAAAUCUCCGGAGGACACCUACCGGGGGGCCAAGAUCGUGCAUGUGUCCCUGGACGGCCUGCGCAUCUCUCCUGCUGACGGCUUCCUCAUCCGGAAGGGCCCCGGCAACUGCCAUUUUGAUUUCGCUCAAGAAAUACUGUUUGUGGACUACCUGCAGGCUCGGCCGCUGCCCCCACCGGCCAGUAGGCUGGACACCAGAAGCCUGGGGCAGGCGAGCAUGGACUACGAGACCCCUCCCAUGCCCUGCGGAUUCAUCUUCCAGCUCCAGCUCCUCACCAGCUGGGCCGACCCCUACUACAUUGGCCUCACCGGGCUGGAGCUGUACGACCAGAGAGGGGAGAGGAUCCCCCUGUCAGAGAGCAACAUUGCCGCCUUCCCGGACAGCGUGAACGUGCUGGAGGGUGUGUGCGGGGACGUGAGGACCCCUGACAAGCUCAUCGACCAGGUGAACGACACCAGAGACGGCAGGCACAUGUGGCUGGCACCCAUCCUGCCAGGCCUGGUGAAUCGGGUUUACGUGAUUUUCGAUCUGCCCACCACCGUGUCAAUGAUCAAACUGUGGAAUUACGCAAAAACGCCCCAGCGAGGGGUGAAGGAAUUCGGUCUCCUCGUGGACGACCUGCUCGUGUACAACGGGAUCCUGGCCAUGGUGACACACCUGGCAGGGGGCAUCCUGCCCACGUGCAAGCCCACCAUGCCCUACCACACCAUCCUCUUCACCGAAGAUGUGGACAUCUGUCACCAGGAGAAGCGCACAGCCAUCAGCAGUCAGGUGGAGGACCAGGACAUCCAGAUGAUAAACGAGAACCAGAUCGUCACCAACUCCGAGAGGAAUCCGAGCGUCGCAGAUCCAGCCUUGCGCCCCAAAACCUGCAUAAGUGAGAAGAAGACCUCGAGGCGGUGGCAGUGCUGACGGGCAGAAGGGAGAGCAUCCUCCCCGCCCUCUCCCAACCCUGGCUGCUUCCCCGUGAGUUGAAAUGUGCCUUGCACCCAGCGGAAAGGCCCAGAACACAUCCAUUUCCAUCUCUGUGACACACUCGGAUCAGGAACCUAAUUGGUUUCCCAGUGGUGGGUAAUUUCUCAUCUCAAAUAUUAAUCCGCUGCUUUCCUGGCACCAGGCCUGGCCCACUCUGUACUGUGCUCCGAGCUCGUUCCUAUGUGAGCAACCACAGCCCCGCGUGUACAUUACUGAAACUAGAAUCUGCUGUGCUGGAUGUGGGGUCCGACCACGAGGCCGCCUGAGGCCAGCUGAGCAGCACAGGCUCUGAGCGCCUCCCCACCCUGGCCCGGCCUGCCCGUGGAGUCCCAUCAUGCCCUGCAGACACAGAAGUGGAGCCCACACGUAGGUGUGAAGUGCUCCGGGAUAGGCUCAGGUGUUACCUCUCACAUUCGAGCCAGGCACAGAGAGGCUGUGUAACCCCGGACACACAGCUUUGGAAGACAAACCGUGAGAUAGCUGGGGCCAGGCGCGUGUGUAUGUGCGUGUGUGUGACAAUCCUGUGAGUCUUUGGCCUUGGGCUUUCCCUUCAUCACCUGUGGAUGCUGGGGUACCAUCCCCAAGAGGCCCGAUUCCUGGGCUUUCUCCCUGCAGCUCCCCUCACCCGUUUCCUUCAGGUAGUGG